GGAGUCCUCAUACGCCUGCUCUCUCGUCGCUUCUUGGCCUGCCUAGCCCAGUCUAACCAUGGUGGAAGCCUUUGUAGGCACCUGGAAGCUAGUGGAUAGCAAGAAUUUCGAUGACUACAUGAAGUCGCUCGGUGUGAGUUUUGCUACCAGGCAGGUGGCUUGCAUGACCAAGCCUACCACAAUCAUCGAAGUGCAUGGGGACACCAUCGUCAUAAAGACACACAGCACCUUCAAGAAUACGGAGAUCAGCUUCAAGCUGGGAGUGGAGUUUGAUGAGACAACAGCAGAUGACAGGAAGGUCAAGUCUACUGUGACGCUGGAUGGCGGCAAACUUGUCCACCUACAGAAGUGGGAUGGGCAGGAGACGACACUUGUGCGGGAACUAAGUGAUGGGAAACUCAUCCUGGUAAGAUGGGCCAACUCUGGAGCCUCACCUGACCGGUUACUACUACACCACCCCUUCAGCCAAGCCUGUUUUAAAAAGCUAAGAUCCUCCUCUGGGAAAUUGGAACUGGGACAAUAAAGGAUGCAGGCAGGGUCAAGGU